AUGUCGUCAGACUUCUACUGCAGAGAUGACCUGGUGGAGAGGGGGUCCAUCCCCCUGGACAUCGACAACGUCCACAUGCUGCUGCAGGUGGAACAAGAGCAGAUCCAGAAGAAGACCUUCACCAACUGGGUCAACGCUCAGCUGGCAAAGCGGAGGCCACCGUGCAUGGUCCUGGAUCUGUUCAAUGAUUUCCGUGAUGGCUCCAAACUAUUGGACCUGCUGGAGGUGAUGAGCGGCCAGCGCCUUAGUCGGGAGAGAGGCAGAGGAAUGUUCCAGCACAGGAGCAACAUUGAGAAAGCCCUUUCCUUUCUAAAGAAGAAAUCGAUCAAACUUGUCAACAUAAACAUUCCUGACAUUAUUGAUGGUAAACCCUCCAUCACAUUGGGCCUCAUAUGGACAAUCAUUCUGCAGUAUCAUAUCGAGGAGUUGGCCAGCGGCCUCUCAUUCAGCUCCCGUCAGUCCUCCAUGGAGUCUUUGACCAGUCUGGACUCGCGCUCCACCCUGUCGAGCCGCUCGGCCAGCAGCAGUCCUGUUCCUCCCAGAGGUUCACCGCUACACAACCGUUUUAGGGUUUCUGCCAAGAAGGCCCUGCUGCUCUGGGUCCGGGAACAGUGCCACAAAGCUGGCUGUACAUUAAAUGUGAAAGACUUCAAAGCUAGCUGGAGGAGUGGAGUGGUCUUCCUGGCGAUCUUGUAUGCUCUGCGGCCUGACCUGGUGGAUCUAUCCAAAGCCAGAACCAGAAGCAACAAGCAGAACCUGGAGGAGGCGUUCCGCAUCGCAGAGAAAGAGCUGAGGAUCCCCAGACUGCUGGAGCCUGAUGAUGUGGAUGUUCGAGACCCUGAUGAGAAGUCCAUUAUGACCUACGUGGCGCAGUUCCUGCAGUACUCCAGGGACCUGCCAGUGCCAGAGGAAGAAAUGCAGACACAAUACCUGUCUCUUCCCAAAAGUCCUUCUCCUAUUGAUCUUCCUGUUCACUACACUCCUGCUAUUUCUGCUUCACCUCUGCGACAGGCGUCACCUGAUCAAAAGGCAAAGGAAGUGACCUGCUGGCUGGUUCAGGCGUACAAUGAGCUGCUGGAGGGAUGGGACUCCACAGAGGGAGAGAGCUACUCUGAGAGAUACCACGUAUUUCAUACCUUUCUGGUGUCCUUUAAUGAGCAGCGGCGUCCCAUCAUGCCUUUGUUGACAGCGAUGAGGCGAACCCCGAAAGUGAGCGAGGAGCAGCGAGCUCUCAGAGAGGCGUGGGAUGCCCUCACUGAAAAGCUACGUGAAUACAAAAUCGAGCUAGAUAUGAGUCUCCCAGCUCCGUUGGACAUGGUGGCUCGCUGGCUGCUGAAAGCAGAGGGGGCUCUGGCUGAAGAGGAGGGUGACCCACAGGACCACGGCCGAGCCGCUGAUGAAGCACGGGAGAAACAGGAGCUGCUCAAAGUUUGCCUGGAGGAGAUGCCGCAGCAUGUGAAGACCUUCCAAUCCUUCCAGAACUUGGAUGAGUAUGGAAACAUGAUGGUUCCUACUGACAAGAUGGAUGAACUAAAGAGAAGGUUCACCAGUGUCAGAGUGUCUGCUAAAUACCAUGGGAUCAAGCUGGAGUACCGGGAGCACCGCCACACAGUUUUGGAUCUGUUGGGGCAGAUAAAGACCAAACUCCGGGUCUGGAAGAGACCUUAUAUUUCCCCGGAGGCUGUCAGGGUGUUGCUGCAAGAAUGGCAUGAGCUGGUAAACACUCAGGAGCUGCCUUCUAUGUUGGAAGCAACUCGUCAUAAACUGAAGCAGGUUUCUGAGAGAUACUCAAGCAAAUCAGCCCUCGCUGCAGAUUACCACCACGUCAGUCAGCAGGUGAAACAGCUGGAGGAGGACAGUGCCGGGGUUUUGAAAGAGGUGACUGCAGCCAAGAGCACCAUGGGACGGGUCCUGUCAGCCUGGGACUCCUACAGCGACUGCCUCAGCUCCCUGCUGGCUUGGCUUGAGCAGGACUCUGUAACACACAGCCAUGGCCACAGACCAGAGGUGACUUCUGAGUCUAUUGCCGAGUGGGGUUCCCGACAGGCCCACCUGAACGAGGUGGGUAACUUCCUGAUCGAGUCAACAGACCCUCAGACCAGCAGGACCCUGGCGGAGGAGCUGCGCAGACUUAACAUGCGUUGGGCUGAGUUUGUCAAGAGAAACACAUUCGAUAGCAUGGCUGCACCCAGUGUUGACACCCAGGCUACACCCCAGGAUGUCCAGGCUCUGAUCAGAGAAGCCUCUCUCAUUCUCAAGGAGCCUCUGGAGGCCAUGGCAGCUCCUCUACGUACCUACAGAAAAAGAAUACAGUUCAUAAUGAGAAAAAUAAAAGACGUGGAUCUGGAGGCUCUGGCUCCGUCCCCGGAAUGCCCAGCAGAUCAGUUACAGAAACUGAAGCUUGCUAUACCUGAAGUGAUGCAGACCUUGCUUGACGCAGAACAGGUGUGUGCAGAGCUGCAGCACAGUGUGUUGGGUCUGGACAGUCGCCUGGCUGAACUCCUCCACUGGGAGGCUGAAGCCAGGGAGCUUUACCAGUUGCUGAGGGCCGCGGAGCGACAACAGCGGGGCCAAGACCCACGAGCCAGGGUCCUGAUAUCCCAUGGUCUACAGCUGGAAGGUCAGGUGGUCACAGAAGAGCAGGACCUACAGGUCAUGGUGAUGACGAGCCAGAAGGACUCUCCCAUCAAGUACCUCCACGCCUCCUCCAUGCAGGACCGAGUGCGAGCCGCUGUCGCUCAAUCACAGGAGGCUGUCGGUAUGCUGAGCAGCCUGGGAGCCAGAAGAGACAGAAGCAGAAGCCCCCCAGAAGGGCCUCCUCCCUCAAAAGUCUUUAUUCAGGCUACAGGAAAGCCUCAACAUCUGACAGAGUCAGACCAGGCCAGACACCCAACUCAGCAGCCCGAGACAAAGUUAGUUUCUCAUCAGUGUCAUGAAACCUUUGUGCCAAGGAUAGUGGUGCAGGAAUACAGAGAAGAAAAGAUGACUUCUCCUCCAAUGCCAUAUACCUACGCACAAGCUGUGAUGCAGACCAGGACAAAGUCGCCACCAGAUUGCCAGGCUCAUGCCUGGCCAGCGACCACUGCACAAGAGCAACAGCAGUCUCAGGAGCAAGGAUUGAUAGCAGAGCAACAGCUACUGCAGCAAGAACAAGUUAUAAGACAGAUUGAAAUAGAGCUACAACAGAAAGAACUCAAACAACAGCAACCACAAGGCAUACAACAGCAGGAGCCUUGGCCAGCACAAUCACAACAGCAGCAGAAUCAGGAACAACCACAGGUGGUGCAGCAGCAGCAGCAGCUAGAAAUGCAUCAAUAUCAAGUUCAGCAACAUGUAAUUGCUCAUACACAGAUUGAACCACAAGUCAGCCAGACACAAGAGCACCACGAGCAGACUUUACCACCUGUAAGGAAGCCUCCUCUGAGCUCCCAGGGGCUUCAAAGCAGAAAGGCUCAAGCCAUGAAGAACCGGCCCUGGCUUCAGAAGGCAGCCACAGGAGAGCGUAAAACUCCACAUCCAGUACAGGAUUCCACUCAGGAACCUAUUCAGACCACACAGACACAGCCACAGUCAGACAGAGAAACAGUGACACCGGUUCAUGUUGUUUCACCGGAUGCCAGGCCACAGUCUGAGACGCAUGCAAAGUUUAUUGAGAACCAAAAACAGCAACAAAAACAAAGACAGCAGCUUGAAAAUCUAGAGCAGCAGCAGCAACAACAACAACAAAAGGAGAAGCAUCAGCAAGAGCAGCACCCGGCAGCAAUCCAAGUGCAGGUUCAGUCCACAAGUGUGUCCCACACUACCACAGAUAGUCAGCAACCACUGAAGACCAUGUCCCACACCAGCUCAAUACCACAGUCUCAAGUCCAUACUCAGUCAAUGGCCCAGCCUCAAACCUAUGCUCAGCCAGGUCACGCCCAACCUUCAACUCAACAAAUCCGAGCUCAACCUGUAGUCCAGCAUCAGGGUCAUCCUCAGCCUGUGACUCAGUAUCCGACACAUGCUCAGUCAGUGGUCCAGCACCCAGGCCAUAUUUCCCAGAGCCAAAUCCACACUUGGACUCAAGUUAGAGCCUCAUCCCCAGUGUCCAUCCAGCAUCCACAGGCUACAGCACAACCUCCGUAUUACCCGCAAAGUUACUCCCAGGGUCCGUCUCCCUCCCAGCAGUGGACACUCAAACAGGAUCCUCAAAACCAAGCCAUUGCCCAGCAGAGGCAUCCAAUUCCCCAACCAUACCCUCAGCAAAUAGUUCAAGCUUCACAGUCUCAGGCUUAUCCAACAGUUCAGGCUCUACCGCAGUGGCCCCAAGCUGGACCCCAAAUGGGACCUCAGAUGGGGCCCCCCGAAUAUUCUCACAUGGGGCCAUCAUAUACUCAGCCUCAAACACAGCCCCAAGUAAGACCCCAGAGUUCCAUGCAACAACAAUCUCAGGUGAGAGCUUAUGAUAUGUUUCAUAUCCAGACACAACAAGGCCAAGUUCAACAACAACCUUGGGCUCAGACACUGGCUCAAAUUCAGCCCCAGCCUUAUCCCCAGCCUCAAGCUCAGCAAUAUUCACAGGUUCAGCAUCAGCAUCAAACUCAGCAUCCCCAAUCAAAACCACCACACCAAGCCCAUCCUCAGUUUCCUUCAAAGCCCCAGCUUCAACUUCAGCUGCAGACCCAGUCCCAAACACACAUCCAGACACAAUCAUCGGUGCAAGUAAAGCCAAAUGCCGAAUCUCAGCAAUCUCAGCUUAAUCUUCAGUUCCAGCAGCCAGCUCUACAACCACAACAUCAGGCCCAGCUCCAACCACAACCGAAGAUUCAGUCACCAACUCAACCAAAACGCGAAUCACCUCCACAGCUCAAGCCUCCAGCCCAAUUAGCACCACAACCAGAAGUUCAAUCACCAACUCAACCUAUGGCUCGGUCACCAACCCAACCCAAGGCUGAAUCACUGCCACAACCUAUACCUGAGUCCCAGCUGCCACCACAACCCAUGGCUCAGUCACCAAUCCAAGCCAAGUCACCACCACAACCUAAAUUGCAGGCCCAAACUGCACCAUUACCUGAAGCUCAGUCACCAACUCAACCCAAGGCCCAGUCAAUGCCACAGCCCAAAUCUCAGGCACCGUUACCACCACAGCCCCAACAUCAGGCUCAGUCACCACAGCUACCCAAGUCCCAAAUGACACCACCACCACCUGAAGCUCAAUCGCAGACUCAACCCAAGGUUCAUUCACCAACCCAACCCAAGGCCCAACCACUGCCGCAACCCAAACCUCAGGCACAGUUGCCACCACAGCCCCAACUUCAGGCUUCGUCACCACCAUUAACCAAGGCCCAAACAGCACCACUACCAACGGAAGCUCAAUCACCAACUCAGGCCAAGGUUCAGCCACCAACCCAUCCCAAGGCCCAAUCACUGCCACAACCCAAACCUCAUGCUCAGUUGCCACCACAGCUGCAACUUCAGGCUCAAACUGCACCACAGUCCAAGGCUCAGUCACCCCCACAGGCCAGACCUCAGACCCAACCAUUUCCACAGUCAAAACUUCAACCUCAGUCUCCUCCACAACCCAAACCUCAACAACCCCAAACUGUUCUCCUCUCACAGGUCAGUGUGCUGCCUCAGUCCCUUGCUGAGUCACCAGACUUGUGCAUUACACCUCCAGCCCUGGCCCAGGCACCUCCCCAGGCCUAUUCAGAGGCAUAUGCCAAGGCCCAGGCUUUGGCCAGAAAUGGCUUUGAGGAGGCCAAGCACUGUCUGCAGGAGCACAUCCGGGAAACCAUUAACAUUUUUGAAGACAAACGUGUAUCAGCUGAGAAAGCAUCAGUGAAAGAGGAGACUCUCAGGACCUUGGACCCAGAGUUGCUGGAGGAGUUCUUGAGAGCAGCCAAGGGCAUGGAGGCCUUUUGUACCCCCUCACAGCUCAGAGACAUGGAGUUCUACACCCAGUCUGUCAGGGCACAGUGGGAGACCCUAAGAGCUGAGAUCUCAGGCUUUUUGCAGCAAAUACGUUUUGAAGUAACAAGGAAAAACUUUAAGACAGCUGCCCUGCAGUGUGAGAUGCACUUAAAGUCCCGAUUAGAAAAUCAUGCACAGGCUUGCAUCUCAGCGGAUGGCAGCUUUGCCCAGGCAGGACAGCACCUGGAGGCCUUGAAAGAGUUGUGUGACACCUUGAGCCCUGAGGAUGCUCACCGCCUGGCCCAGACUCAACUGAGAGAGUGUGAGAAGAGGCUGGCUGCCAUCCAGCGCCAGUUCAGCGGAGACCAAGAUGCACCACUCCCUGAUACUCGGAUUCCUGUUGCCUUCAGUGAGGAUCUGACCACGCAAAAGGAACCUACAAAACCAAGUGACAAACCUCAGGUCUCAGCUGAGAUGUUUCAAGUGACAAAGGCAGUUGGGGUGGAGAGGAAGGAGGUUGAAAAGCAAGCAUCGGUAGAGGAAGAAGUCACCAAAAAGGAGGCUUUAGAAAGAUAUGAGAAUUGUAAGAGGACUCUGCAAACCCAGUUGGCUAAAAAUGAACAGAGCAUUAAGGAUGUUCCCUCUGACUCCGUCUCUCUGAAAGGCCUGCACACACGGCUCCAGGAAAUACAGUUCUUGAGGCAAGAGACAGAGUCUCUGUGGUCUGAGUAUGCAAACCAGUGCUCCCAGUGUUCCCAGGUGAGCGGGAACACUGGUCUGGAGCAGGAGAAGGUGGAGCUACAGGAGCAGUGGCGCAGCCAACAGUCCAACCUUCAGAGGAGAGGCAGCUCACUGGGUGCCGCCCUCAGACAGAUCGACUCCACCGAGAACCACAUGGUGGACUUCACCGACCGUCUGGACCGCUACCUGAGGCAGCCCAAAGACAUCACUGCCUUCACGCUGGCCAACACCAACAUCCUAAAAGAUAUUAAGGAACUGGAUGACAACAUACAGAGUGAGCUGGAUCAAGUGUCCCGUCUGGACCCUGAAUCCAGCGAUCUGGACCCCAGAGACUGCUUCCCUCUUUCCCGUGAGGUUGAGACUCACAGAACCAGCCUGGAUCAGCUUCGACAGCAGGUCCGGAAGAGUGAAGCAGCCGCCCGCGCCCUUGACCGCUUUCUCAUGUCGUUGCGUACUGUGGAUGAAGAUAUUUCUGGAGUCCAAGCCGCCCCCUGCAGUGAUGCUCAGGUACUGCAGGACUGUUGCUCCAAGCUGGCUCUGAUCAGGCAGAGCGUCGACAGUCUGAAAGAAAAGGCGCCUCAGCUGGAUCUGCUCCUGCAAGGGGCCAGGCUGACAGUCACCAGGGAUGGUGUCCCGGCCUCCUGCCUGGACAUGGUGACUGCCCUGCUGAGAAGGCUGGAGGAGGCUGACAGUGGGCUGGCCAGCCAGCAGAGGGACAUCCAGAAGGAGACACAGAGCAGAUCCCUGGGCCUGAGGAAGAGGACGAUGCUGGGGGAGCUGAGGAAGCUGCAGGAUACGAUUGAAAAUCAAGGCCUGAACGAACCCACCAUGCCUGCUGUACAACACAGGCUUCGUGCCUUGUCAGAUUUGGAGGGUCAGCUGCAGGCUAAGCACGCAGAGCUCCAGAACCUCCGUGAACUUCAAGAGAAACAGGGAGGAGGAGAAAACCUCUAUCAGGAACUGGAGACCCAGUGGAAGGACACUCAGAGAGCUUUUUCUGACAGGUAUAAGCAGUGCAGCAACUUGCUGGAGCUUCUGAAGAAGUUCCAGAGCUGCCGCAGUGACCUGAGCAACACCAUGCAGAGGGCAGAGCGGACGAUUAGUGAUCAGGCUUCCUACAUGGGCAAGGACAACCUGCACAGAUGUAUAACUAAGGUCCAUGAUAUUAAGGAGGAGCUCAGUGGUCUUGGGGAGCGUAUGGAAGAGAUGAGGGGAGUUUGCAGACAGCUGCAGUCCCAACUGAAGAAGUUCCCAGACUGCAGUGAGACUCCCUUUGAAUCAGAGGCUGACACACUCAUGGACAACUGGCUGGACGUGACAGAGAAGACCGAUGCCUACAUGGAUAACCUACAGGUGGGCCUGGAGCUGUGGGAGAAGCAGCUGAUGCUUGGGGGAGAGGUGGACGCCUGGGCAGGGUCCAAAUUGGCUCUGUUUGCAGAGAGCCAUCCCUUCAACAAUGAGCAACAAGUACUUGACAUGAGGGAUGAGAUCCAUGCCAAUGAGGAGAACAUUGAGCAUUUCCACAAGAAGUCUGUGGAGAUCCAGGAGAUGCUGCAGACUCAGGAGGCACCGCUGGAGCUGCAGGUGAUGGAAACCCAGCUGAGGAAGAGGAUGGAACAGGUGAAGGAGCUGUUCACCGACUGCACCGACGUCUUUAAGGAGCUGGUAGCUGUGAAGACACACCUGGCUCAGAAGAUACAGGAGUGCCAGUCAGACGUGGAGAAGAUCCAGUGUUCUCUCAGCAAGAUUGAUGUUUCACAGCCAAAGGUUGAAGCCCAGAUUCAGGAUCUGUGUGAUGAUCUGGAGGCUCGGGAGGAGCAGGCUGAGGCUGUGUUGAAGGAGGUGGGUUUGGUUUCCAGUGUGGCCAGUCCUCAGGUGCUGGAGGCGCUGUCUGUAGACUGCAGCAGGCUGAGGGAGGCCAUCUCCCACACCAAGGAAAUGAUCCACCUGAAGAGAGAGGAGAGGGACAAAGGCCUUCUCAAGGUUAUCAAAGAUGAAAGGCAGCUGUUUGAGGGAUGGUUCCAGGACUUGCAGCUGUCCGUCAAUGAGUGCUUUGAGAACCCUGAGAGCAGAACAGAUGUGGUAACAUCUUUGCAAAGACUCACUAGUUUCUUAAAAUCCAAGGAUGCAGAGAAACGUCUGGAGCAGCUGAGAGAUCGGCUGGAGAGAGGCAGCCAGCAGGUUCCUCCCCAGCAGCUCUCUGAGUUCACCGACUGGCUGAAGGAGCAGCAGGAGGAGGUGGGCACGUUCAGAACCCACUGCACCAACAGGCAGACACAAAUGGAGUCCCUCCUCAGUGACUUGAACAGUCUGCAGAAGCAACAUGAUAGCUUCCGUGAUUGGCUGCAGACCAAAGAAAAGCAGUCUGUGGAAUCAGACAAAGUCAAACUUCUUCUCAAAGACCUUCAGGAUGAGAGCGGUAGAGCUGAGACCCUCAGUGAGGUGUUAGCAACAGUACGCAGACAAGGCGUCAGAGCAGAAGGCCUCCUGAAGGGCGGAGAUAACUUGAUACAACGCUACCGAAACCUAGAAGCCAGGCUGCAGAAGCAGGCCGACGCUCAAAGCGCCCUGGAGGUGGAAUUUGACAAAUUAAACACUGAGGCUGAGAGCACCAGGACCUGGAUAACUGACCUCCUGCAACCCCUCACCUCCUCUGGAACAGACACCAAGACAGAGAAGAUGAAGAACAAAGCACAGGCUGUCCUGAGCUCCAAACCUGAGGGAGACUUUAAAGUGAACAACCUGAGAAGACAAAGUGAAAGUCUGUGUGAGCUGGAGGACAUGGAGGAGGGCAGGAAACAGGAGCUUCAGCGGUCAGUCAGAGAAACAGAGGAGCAGUGGAGGAUGGCUCUGCAGACAGCUGAACAGGCUCUCAGCAAGGCAGAAACAAAAGUCCUGUUAGACAAGGACUUCAGUGCUUUCAAAACCCAGAAUGAAAAUGUUCAGUCCUGGAUUCGAGACCAGGAGCUGAACCUGCAGUCACUUAGUGGUUGCAUACAAGUUGAAGAAAAGCCUCAGAUUGCACAAGCCACUCUGAGCUCCAAGCCUCAUGGGGAUGCAAAGCUCCAGGAUCUGAAGCAACGAUGCCAAAGUCUGUGUGACGACCAGGGCUUGGAAGAGAGCAGGAGACGAGAGGUUCAGGACGCAGUCAGACACACAGAGGAGCAGUGGAGGAAGGUCCUGCAGGCUGCCGAGGAGGCUCUCAACAAGGCAGAGGCCGAAGCUGCCACUGAAAGGGACUUUAAUGCUUUCAAAACCCAAAGUGAGAGCAUCCAGUCCUGGAUCAAAGAACAGAAGCAGAAGCUGGUGCCACACGCUGGUCAUAUGCAGUUUGAAGAAAGGCUACAGGUCACGCAGGCUGUGACGACCUCCAAACCUGAGGGAGAGUCCAAGCUGCUCGACCUGAAGCGACAAGGUGAAAGUGUGUGUGAGCAGCUGGAGGAGAGCAGGAAGGCAGAGGUUCAGCAGCUGGUAAAAGACUCAGAGCAGCAGUGGAGAACAGUUCUGCAAGCAGCCAGACAGGCAGAGCUCCGAGCUCUUUCAGACGACUUCGACACUCAGAGUAAAGACAUUCAGUCCUGGAUCAGAGACAGACAGCAGAGGCUACAGUCUGUGGGUGGUCACACCCCACCGGAAGAGAGAAGUCUCACAGCCCAGACCAUCUUGAGCUCCAAACCUGAUGGUGACUGUAUGGUAAACAAUCUGAGGAGGCGAGGCCAGGGUCUGUGUGACCACCCAGACGCAGACAAGGGCAGGCAAGCCCAUGUUCAGCAGACGGUCAGAGACACAGAGGAGCAGUGGAGGACAGUCCUGCAGGCUGCUAAACAUGUCGAAGAUGCUGCAGGAGCUGAGAUCACCCAGAGGACUGAGAGGAGAAAGUUGGAGCUGAGAGAAUUUGAUAUCCAUCAGCAGGAAACUGGCAGCUGGCUUACAGACCUCCAACAAAAAGUGGACUCACUGAGCAGCCAAACUAACGCUGAGGACAGACUGCACUCAGCCCAGGCCAUUAUCAGCUCCAAGCCAGAAGGAGACUCCAAGCUCCAGGAGCUCAGGAGACAAGGCCAGAGUUUGUGUGGUCUGGACCUUGAGGAACACAAAAAACAAGAGCUUCAACAAAAAGUUAGAGGUGCUGAGGAACAGUGGAUGAGAGUCACGCAAAAUGCUAAACAAGCGCUGGAUCAAGCUGAAAGGCAGUGUGCUCUGGAAGCCCAGCUGAGGGACUUUAAAGAUCUGAGUGAAAACACCAGAACCUGGCUGGAAGACAAGGAGCAGAGCCUGGUCUCUCUGGAUAGUCAGACAGACCUAGAAAAGACAAUAACCACCGCACAGAACAUCCUGAGCUGUAAGCCUGAGGGAGACUCCAAGCUGACAGAGCUGAAGAGACAGAGUCAGAGUCUGUCUGACCAGGAAGACCUGGAGGAGAACGUGAGACGAGAGGCUCAGCGGAGGGUCAAAGAUUCAGAGGAACAGUGGACGACAGUCCUGCAGUCCGCUGAGAACACUCUGAAGAAAGCUGAGGUCCAAUACUCGCUCUCCAGGGAGCUGGAGGCCUUCCGUACCCAAGCAGGGAGCACCAAAACCUGGGUUAAAGAGCUGCAGCAACAGGCCGAGUCCAAAGGGACCGGCACUCAGGGCACCCGGGCUCAGAUAGAGGACAGACUGAACACAGCUCAGGUCAUCUUGAGCUCCAAGUCCCAUGCCGAGGCCCAAGUGAUGGGGCUGAAGAGACGAGCACAGAGUCUUUGUGAGCAAAAAGACCUGGAGGCAGACAAGAAACAGGAGGUUCAGCAGACGGUCAAAGACACUGAGCAGCAGUGGACGACGGUCCUGCGGGCUGCUGGGGAGACACAGAGGCAGUUGAAGGGUGUUGUGGGGCGCCUGGUGUCCUGUCAGCACCAGCGAGACCAAGCUGAGGCCCGUCUGUCUGAGCUUCAGAAGCAGACGUCCGACCUGCCACGUGUCUUCCCCUGGCCAGGCCUGGGAGAGCGGAGGCAAGCGGUGGAGCAGGCCCGGAGCCUGCAGGACCAGACCACAGCUUUGGCCCCCGUUCUGUCAGACGUCCACACGCAGGCUGCAGAGCUGUUGGAGAUUACACAGGACCAGGGCUGGUCUGAUCCCUCCUGGGCAGCCAAAGAGGAGUCCAUUCCUGCUCUGCUGAAAGAGCUGACUGAUGCGGUAGCUAACCUGGAGCAGGGCAUCCUGACAGAGCGGCAGUGCACCCAGCUGGUGGAGCAGCAUGAAGCAGCCCAGGACUGGCUGAGGGAGCAGGUCAAAGGCCUGGGAGCUCCUCCAGCAGACAGACCGGGUCUGCACAGCACUGUCAACACUCUCAAGGCUUUGCUCCAGACAGUGGACAGGGAGCAGAGAGAGAUGAAGGACCUGGACUCUGCCAGGGACAGUUUGCUGAGUCUCUGUACCCCUGGAGGUCGGGAUGCCCUGACCCUGGAGGUCAGUCAUCUCCACGACCUCUGUGCCACCUCUGAACAGGAGGUGAAGGAGCGCCUGACGACCUGUGAGACGCAGCUAGAGGAGCUGGACGGUCAGCUUGCCAGGAGGGCCCAGGGACUGAAGGACAGAGCUGCUGCCCUCCAGUGGGAGCUCCGCUCUUUGGACCAGGCGCUCAGUUACAGUGAACCACAGAACAACAUCGCUCAGCUCCAACAGCACUGGCACAGCCUUCAGAACUGUGAGAAAUCACUAGAAGAUUUGGGCGUCAAAGUUCAUGACCUUUACCAGGAAGUAAAAGCUACACCUGCCACCGACGAGCUGCCAGCCGAAAUUAUCACUGUGGUCGAGUCCCUACGCCAGCAACAUGACAGUCUACAGUCCAGGCUUAGUGAGCGUCAGGGUACCUGCUCUGCAAACACAGCUCGCUGUCUGAUGGACAGUCUUCACGCUCUGCAGGAAUGGAACCAGAGCAAACCAUCGGAGUCCAAGUCUUCUCUGCAGGUGACAUUAGAGGAAGGUGAAAAGUUGCAGGUCAGCCUGCAGGAGGCGCUUUCUCACCAGCAGUUUCUAAAAGACUGUUUGAUGCCAGUCUUGUUUGAGAAACUGGAGAGAGAGGGUUCAGAGACACUCAGAAAAGCAGUGACACAGAAAACCUGUCUCAGCCAGAGCUUAAAGGAGCUUGAUGAAAGAAGUAAACAGAAGCUGCCUGAUGUCCUUCAUGGUAAUAUAGACGAGACAAAGACACCAGUAGUGGCACCACCAAGAAAAAACAAGCGCUCACCUGAGAAAAAACAUGAAGUUAAACUACAGAAAAGAAUUCUCGUAACAGAGAAAUCUACAUCUAUUGAUGAUGAAAUUCCAGUUUCAGCUGAGCUGCAAACUGAGGCUAAAACAUCAGAGCCUACUGUGACAGCAGUCAUGGAAGACACAAAAAUUCCUGGCAUGGAGAAAAACACAACUGAACCAACAAAAACAAAAUCUCAGAGUACGACACAUGCUUUAGAACCUUUAAGACCACAACGUUGCUACACCUCUGAAGAGGCACAGUUUAGAAGUAUAAAUCUAGAUAUCACUGCUGAGCCGGUCGGAGCUGAGCAAAUGAAGCCUACUGUUGAGGAACCUGUACUGAUCCAAAAAGUCCUUGAACAGUCUGCACCUGUUGUUAGUGAGAAAACUACACCUGUACCAUCCAGGAGAAAGUCCAAGGCUUCAGCAUCUGAUCCAGAGCCCACCCAAAGUAAGGUGCAUUCUGAAACGGUGAAAACCUAUAGUAAUCAAGAGAGUUGUGGAGAAACAAAGAAUAGAGCCACCAUUAUUCCAGAUGUAUCAGAGCCAUUUACGACUGGCCCUGUAACAACUGAUGCUGCAGGUGAACUCACCAAGAAGUCCUCCUCUAAGUCAGUCACAGAGCAAGCAACGACCACAGCUGUUGAGCAAGCCAAGCUUGGACGUACGAGCAAAGAGUCAGAGAGUCCAGAUGUGUCCUUAAAGGUUACCGCAGCAAAACCUGCACAGAUAAAGGGCGAUGCUGAGAAUCCAAUGUCUCUCCAAACUUCAGCGUUGAUCACAGAAACAGAUGCUGAGCAACCCAAGUCUGUACCAAAAAGGCCAGAUUCUAAGAGUUUUACAACUUCAGAACAAGUCGCUGCCCAAAUGAAAACUACAGAAGACUACGCAGAGCUUGAGGAAACUAAGGAAGAGCCUAAGAAAGAGAAGACUUCUUCAACUGCACAGGUGAUCACACAACCAGUUGAAACUGCUGUUUUGGGAGAGACUAACCUCUUGCCAACCAAAAGAAAGUCCAAGAGACCAAAACUUUCCCCAGAUCUUUCUAACAAGGAGAAAACACAGAGCACGGAAAAGCCUGACCAUCCCAUAUCUUUACUGAGAUCCAAUGAGCAAACUGAAGUUGCUGUUGAGGAGGAAGAAACUAAGUUUAUGCAAACCAGAUUGAAGUCAGAUACUGGUGAUGUUUCCACUGUUCCAGAGCCAGUAUCAACUGUUGAAGCAGGUUUGGGGAAGGAACCUGAGAAGUCUUCAACCUCAGAGUUUGUUCCAGAGCCAACUGAAAAUGCUGUUUUGGAACAAAGUCAGAUUUUACCGCCCAAGCGAAAAUCAAAGAGUCCAAAACUUCUUCUGAAACAGGCUGAGCAGCAGGCAACACAGAUGAGGGAAGGACCUGAAAGUCAAAGUUCUGCUUUGAGCUUGAGGGAGCAAACUGAAAGUGUUGUGAUGGUGGAACCUGAAGAUAAUUAUAGAGAACCUGACGCACCUGACCUGAAGUCUUCUUCAGCUCCGCAGGUGGUCACAGCACCAACUAUUGUUGUGAAAGGUAAUAAGCUUUCUCCAGCCAAAAGAAGAUCAGCUGGCUCAAAGUUGACUUCAGAACAUGCUGCCAAGGAGGUAGUAGAGACUAAACAAGAGCCUGAAGAGCAGAAGCCUUCCUUGAGCUCUCCAGAGUUUUUUCAAGGGCAAGCUGAAACUGCUGUUGUGGAACAAAUUAAGUUUCUGCCACCCAAGAGAAAGUCAAAAAGUACAGAACCUCCUCUUAAACUUGAUGACACUGAGGCACCUCAGACAAGGGAAGAAGUCAGAGAUCAGAAAUCUUCUUUGAGUUCCAAUGACCAAAAUGCUCUUACUGAAGAAACAAAGCUUGUAGCAACCAGAAGAAAGUCAAAGAGCGGUGAUUUUUCCAUAACUUCAAAGACCCAUGUUAAAUCACCUGAUACGGAGCCUGAACAAAAUAAGAAAGAACUUGACAGUCAAAACUCCUCAACUCCAGAUGCUGUCACAGGACCAACUCACAGUGCUGUUUUAGGUGCUGUUACAGAGACCAUAAAAGAGCCUGUCAGACAGAAGUCUGUAGAACAAACUGAAGCUGUUGAUUUGAAAGAAACAAAGCUCAUACCAACCCAGAGGAAAUCAAAAAGUUUUGAUGUUUCCACAACUCUAGAACCUGUCAUUGCUGGAAAUGUUGAUUUGGAGUCAAAGGAAGCUAUGAAAAAACUUGAUAGUGGGAGUGCUUAUUCAACUGCACCUGCGGUCACAGGAUUAACUGAAACUACUGUUGUGCAAGACAGAGAGCUCUUGCCAACCACAAAAAGGUCAAACAGUCCAAAAGUUUCUCCAGAAACUUCUCGCAUGGUGGAAACACAAGCUAUGGAAAAGCAUGGAAAGGGAAGUCAGUUUACUGAUGCUGCUGCUGUAGAAGAAACUAAGGUUAUGCCAGUAAGGAGAAAGUCAAAGGAAGGCCCUGACAAUCAGAGGCCAUCUCUAACUCCAGGUGUGGUCACAGGACCAACUGAAAUUGCUGGAAAUGAUGCUGUGGAAAAAGGUAAGCUUUCGCCAACCAAAAGAAAGUCGAAGGGUCUGGCACUUUCCCCAGAACAUGCAACCGCAGAGCUGUCAAAGACUAAGAAAGAGCCUGACAGUCAGCAGCCAUCUUCAACUCCAGAGAUGGUCACAACAACAAUCGAAACGACUGUUGUGGAAAAAGGAAAACUUUCACCAACCAAAAGAAAGUCGAAAGGUCUGAAAGUUUCCCCAGAACCUGCUGCCACAGAGCUGACAAAGACCAAGGAAGAGGCUGAUGCUAUAAAACCGUCUUCGGAUCCAGAGAUAGUCACAGGAACACCUAAAACUACUGUUGUGGAAAAAGGAAAACUUUCACCAACCAAAAGAAAGUCGAAGGGUUUGACGCUUUCCCCAGAACUUGCUGCCACCGAGCUGACACAGACCAAGGAAGAGCCUGACAGUCGGAAGCCAUCGUUAGCUCCAGAGAAGGUCACAGAAGCAACUGAAAUUGCUAAUGUGGAAAAAGGAAAGCUUUCACCAACCAAAAUAAAUUUGGAGGGGGUUGAACCUUUCACAGACCUUGUUACCACAAAUCUGACACAGACCACAGGAGAGCCUGACACUCAAAAAUCAUCUUCAAGUCUAGAGGUGGUCACAGAAACAACUGAAACUACUUUUUCACCAACCAAAAGAAAGUCGAAGGGUCUGAAACUUUCCCCAGAAGUUACAGAAGCCACAGAAUUGACAAAGACCAAGGAAGAGCCUGAUGCUCAAAAACCAUCUUCAAGUCCAGAGGUAGUCACAGAGACACCUGAAACUACUGUUGUGGAAAAAGGAAAACAUUUACCAACCAAAAUAAUGUUGGAGGGUCAGACCCUUUCCCCAGAACUUGCUGCUACAGAGCUGACACUAACCACGGAAGUGCCUGACAGUCAGAAGCCAUCUUCAACUCUGGAGGUGGUCACAGAAACAACUGAAACUGUUACUGUUGUGGGAAAAGAUGCACCUUCACCAACCAAAAUAAAGUUGGAGGGUGUUAAAGCUUCCACAGAACUUUUUACCUCAGAACUGACAUCGACCAAGGAAGAGCCCGACAGUCAGAAGCAAUCUUCAACUCUGGAGGUGGUCACAGAAACAACUGAAAUUCCUGUUGUGGAAAAAGAUAAACUUUCACUCAUCAAAAGACAGCAAACUGAAGGUCCUGUAAUGGAAAAAGCUAAGACCAUACCAACAAGCAGAGAGCCAAAUAGUGGGGAAAUUUCCACUGCUCCAGUAACAGCCUCUACACUCACAACAAAUACUGAUGAAACCAAAAAAGAACAUGAGCAUGUUGAGUCUUUUGCAACUCCAGAAUUUGCCCAUACUGAACCUUUGAAGACUAUCACAACACCCAUUUCAACUAUGGCUAAACCUCCACAUUCUGAGUUACAGGAGCCUAAAGACAAAUAUAAAGAGGCCCCAGAACAACCCAUUGCCCACUCUCUAGAGACAGUCUUGAGUGAAGUGUCUCAAACACAACCAUCUCUCUCCACUGAGCAUACAGACACACCAUGUGUUGCAGAAUACAUGGAAAAGUUAUGGGAAAACACAGCUGAGAUUCAGAAGAGAUAUCUGGUCCUCGAUCUGCCUGAGAUAGGAGUCACCAAGGCAUAUGAGAUAAAGCCAGAUCAGCCAGUGGCUGAAACUACCUCUGCUGUUUUUUCAGUGGUGCAGCCUCAUAAGGCAGAGACAGAGUUUUCGGAAAUACGCUCACCUGAGCAAGACAUAAUGAAGCCAAUUGAAGCUGUGAGUCAGCCGAAGCUCUUGAAGAACACAGAGGAAAGGCUCAAAGAGCACAGGGAACAUGGUGUCGAAGAGGAGCGUGCUAAAAUAUCAACACAUGACAUUCAUGAUGCACCUAAGAGCCUGGAAGAGAAGCCUGUUAUAGUGGAGGAAAUCCGCAAGGGGGCUGAAGUGCGCAUUCUGCAGCUAGAUAUACAGACCAGUCCAGAGGAGGAAAAAACAUCUGUCACAGGAGCAAAAAGCAUAGAUAUUGUUCAAACAAGUAUUGAGAGUGAAAGAGUGCCAAAAAACAAAGAUGAGACUGCUGCUGCGGAAGUUAUGCCGGAGAAGAGUACAAAUAAGAUGACUACGAUAGAAGUACGAGAAGGUACUGACCGGGAAGAUGAACGUGGUGUCAAAGAACAGAAUUCUACACUGUCGACACUUGGCAGGGACGAUGUACCCAAGAGCUUGGGUGUGAGUAUCGUAUUAGAUAUUCCGAGUAGUCUGGAGGUGGAUGCAAACACAUCUGGCACAAGAGUAAAAGAGCCAAGGAUAGAUAUUGUUCAAACACAUGUCCCGCAUGAAAGCUGGCCAGAAAACAAAGGUGCUGCUACUGUUGAUGUUACACCAGAGGACUCUGCAGUUGAAAAGACUACAGUAAAGGUGAAAGAAAGCAGUAUUGAAGGUCAAGACGAUGUGCCUCAAAGAGACUCUGCUCAAUCCACCUCUCCUGCCUCUGAAUCAGUGGAGCCACAUGUGUCAGAGACAGAAUUCAUAGAAAUAAGCAUAUAUGAGCAAGACAUAGUAAGACCAAGCCAAACUGAAACUAAGAUAAAGCUCUUGAAAACUGUCCAGGAUGGACCUGAAGAGGUCAAGGAACAUGGGGGCCAAGAAGAGCUUCCUGAAGUGUCAACCCAAGCUAUGCACGAUGUACCCAUGUGUCUGGAUGAAAAGCCUGUUGGGAUGGAGAAAAUUCCCAAAGGUGCUGAAGUGCACAUUUUACAACCAGAUACAGAGGUCAUUGUAAAGGAGCAUGAAAUCACGUCUUUUAUGAUCAGUACAGAAAGGCAAGAGACUGUGGCUGAAAGUGACUCCACUCAUCUGCCUACUUCUGCCGCUUUAACAGCUGCUCAGUCACAUGAACCAGGGACAGGGCUUGUAAAGAUGUCUGAAGAAGACCAGUUAAAACCAAGCCAAACUGUGACUCAGCUAGAACUCUUCAGAACCACACAGGAAAGACCCAAAGAGGCCAAGGAUCAGGGAGUCCACGAAAAACAUCCUGAAGUGUCACUAAAUGAUGUGCAUGAUGAACCAAAGAGCCUGGAUGAAAGGUCUGUUAAAAAGGGAGAAAUCCACAUGGGUGUACAUGAACACAAAACUGUCACAAUAGAUAAAGAGCCAAGGGUGGAACCAGGUAUCCAGCUUGAGACGGUUAAAGAAAGCAAGGAUAUGACUACAUCUGAUGCUCAGUCCGAAAGGUCUACAGUAAUGAUGGCCAGCGUAGAAGAAAGCUCGACUGAAUCCCUUUCAGAACCCAGUGUGGUCCCGAGAGCCCAAACACAAAGACACACAACAGAUGCAGAGGAAAAUAAGAAGGAAGACCAGAGGGAGCGGGAGAAGACAACAAUUCAGAAGGAGGAGAUGGAAAAGAUAGUCAUGCUAGAAACACAAAAAGUUCAGCUCCCAAUGGCCACGACCACCACCACUGGUGAAGUGAGGCUUCAGAGAGUGGAUUUGCCACAGCUGGAGCAGGUGUACACGGCUGACACGAUACCACCAACAUCAUUGCAGGCAGAUCAGAAAUCUUCAACUGACAUUAUGUGGGGUGAGGUGACCCUGGUGAGAAGAUUGUCCUCUCAGGAAAACAAUGCUCAAGCAGAAGCAAGUGUUGUGAAUACUGAGGAACUUGUUCUGGAAGCACCAGAAGAAUCUGCCAUGGGGAACAUCCUCACAGAAAUAAAGCUCCUCACAGAGACCGGACCCAACAGUCAACUCAUUGAGGGUAACCCACUUGAAGAUGCUCCAGAGGCUCUGAUUACAUCCACCAUUGAUCUGGACAAUCGUCUAAGCAGGCUGGUGUCUAAAGUCCUGAGCUGCAAAAACAAAGCAGCUGAGCUCAAUCCAACAGCCAUGGAGCAGCAGCUGAAGGAGGCUCUGGAAUGCCAAGAGACUGCCCAGGAACAGGUAUCAUUAGUUUCUCAGUUGAGAGGCACUGAUGCUGAGAACAGGGACAUUCUGGAGCUUGUGGAGGACCAGUGGUGUACUGCUGUUCAGGAGGCAGCUGCUGUCAUCCAGAGUAAAGAGGCCCAGCUGCAGGUUGUAAACGAUUACUGCAGACAGACCCAAGCAGCCAAGACCACGCUGGGGAGACUGUCAGCAGAACUGGACACCAUUAGAAUGUCCCCAGAGGAGAGCAGCUCCAAGGAGGCAGAGCGACUACGCUCCUUACAGAGAAGUAUGGAGGAGAACAGAGUGGUACUUGGGGAGAUGCUUGCGACCCAUAUGAAGUUAUGCCCCCACCUCAGCCGGUCUGAGCGAGCAACUGCACAGACUAAGCAGAGGAACCUACGAGAAAAGUGGAGAGACCUGGAAAGGGCUGUGGAGAGGACCCUGUAUCACACAAAUGCCCAUUCUCACGAGACCAGCAGCCUUCUGUCAGCAAUAUCAAGUCUUCAGGAAUAUUUAGAGAAAAUCGGCAAAGACCUUGAAGCCAAGUCACCUACAGUUACUCAGUGGAAUUGCAAGAAGGUGCAGGAGCUGAUGGUGGCAAAUGCUGAGGUUAAAGCUGCACAGCAAAAACACCUUCAUUUGCAGCAGCUGUUAGAGGAGCUACUCCUUAGCUCACGGUGGGAGAAGGAAACAAAAAACAUAGUGAAGGGGCUUCAGAGGGUCAAAGACCAAAUUUGCCACACAGAGGAACUAGUGUCCUCCCACACGCUGAGCAGCAGCAACCCCAUCAUGGAGAAAAUGAUCUUAGUGAUGAGGGAUGCCCUUGCCUGGGCGAAGCAGACAGAGAGUGACAUUGAGGGCAGGAGGAAGAGGGUGGCUCUCCUCCCUGAGGAGGUGCACCGGCAGCUCAGAGAUCUAAAGAAGCUGCAGUCUGAGGUCAUGGCCAAACAGGGCCAGUUGGAGUCACUGGUGGAGGAGGUGACGGAACUCCUUCCACAGCUGGACCAGGCUGAAGAGGUGCCCAUGGUGCGCUCUUCUCUGGAAUCACUUGAAGAACUCUCAAAGUCAACUACUGAGAAGCUAUCCAAGGCUGUGAGAGAGAUAGAGUCAGGACUGCAGACCAGAGAAAAGCUGUCUGAACAGAUUGCUGACCUAGAUUCCUGCGUUGUGGCUCAUCUGCAUAGAGAGGCGUCCAGGAGUGCAGACGAUGAGCUCAGGAGCCCUGCUGAACUUGAUCGCAGACUUCGUCAAAUCCAAGAGUCCCUGGCUGAGGCUGAGAGGCAAGCUGCUGUCUGUGAGGCUCUUCUAAUGAAGAGUAAAGACAUUGCCCCUGAACUCAGCAUCACAGAGAACUGUCAGCUUUUUAACAAGCUUACCAACCUCCAGGAUGACAUCCAAGCCAUCAGCAGUCAUGAGAAGUCCAACAAAAAGGAGCUGGACGAACUCACACAGACUGUAGACUCAUGCAAGAGCAACCUGGUUACUAUUGAAAAAAGCCUCAGGCAGAUGCUAGUAGAUCUGAGUAAACACAGGUACCCCAUCACAAGAGAGUCCCUGCAAGCUUUGGAGCCUUUCAAACUCAUGAUAUUGGAGCACAAAUCCCAGGUUGACCUUCUGCAACCGUGGAUUCCCCAGGAAAAGGCCCAGGAUUUGCACUCUAUUAUUUCUGAGCUUCACAGCAAAAUGGCCACCCUGGAAAUUAAGUCCAGAGACCAUGAGAGGUACCUGUACAUGAGGCAGAGUGUGGAGGACCUCAGGGAGAACAUUCAGGAGCAGGCCCGUCAGACCAAAGAAGACAGCAGGGAGCUUGAGGAGAAGUACAAACUCUGUCAGACCCUCCUCUUUCAGUUUCCUCUGAUAAAGUAUUUAUCUGAGGAGGCUCACUCCAAACUCCAGAUGAUCUCUGCUGAUCUUUACCCUUCACAGCUGACUGCAGAGCAGCAGAGGCUGAAACAAAACAACGAGACCCUUAGCACCUUGGAGAUGACACUCUACAACAACCUCAGCAUCCUCGACAGGAACCUGCUGAAGGACCUGGACCUCAACUCAGAGAAAGAUGCCGCUCAGGCCUUCCUUUGGAAGACCCUGCAGGAGCUCCAGAGACUCCCCAAGUUGGAGCCAAAUGAAACAGUGAUUAAAAAGGAAUACCAGAGAAUCAUGUCGUUAAAAAAGACUGUACAGUCGAGAAUGAGAGCACUGGAGGUUCUAGAGCAAAAGAAGGGAACCAGAGAAGGAAGUGGGUCCCAAAAUCUCAUGGACUGGAAGAAUGCAGUCCUCAGAGAAUGUGACUCACAAAUGGAGAACCUCUCCCAGACCAGAGAAUCUUUGAGAAGCUACACAUGUGCUGUGAGACAAGCAGUACAGUUCCUGAGGGACGUCGAGGUCUCACUGCUGCCACCACAGGGCUCCGCUGGACUCUGCUCUGAAAGGCUGGGGGAGACCCAGCAGGCGUUGGCCUCACUGCAGCAGCAGUUCCAGACCCAUAUGGAGCAGCUCCAGAGCCAGGCUGCCCCGCAUCCUUACCUGUCCUCCCAGAAGGUGGAGCAGCUCCAUGAGAAUAUCCUGAGCCAGCUCCUGGUGAGGAUGUCCACUCUCCAGGCAAAGGGCCACAUACGACUGGAGUGUCUCAGCAGGUGUGCAGAAAAUCACAAAAAAUACACCAAAUGCAAAGAUGAAAUCCUGCAGAGUGUGAAGAGUGUAGAGAGCAGCCUCCUGCAGGUUAUCUGUCUAAAGGUCACCUGUCUCGCCGACUGCACUGACCAGCAAGCCAAGCUCGGAGCUCUGUCUGAGGAGAUGGAGUCCCUGCAGAGGCGUCUGGAGGAGGUGAAGGAGUGGUGCCCGGAGCAGAGCUGUUGUGGAGGCAGGGAGGCCACCGUGACUGCUGUCUGGAGACGGGUGUCAAGACUACUUCGCUGCAUGCAAGAGCUGACGACUCGCAGUAAACAGAGGAUCGCAGAAUGGAGCGAAAUCACCAACAGUGUGGAGAAGGCCUCCAUUGUCCUGGAGCAGGUGGAGGCAGAGCUUCCUGAUGGCUCCCGGGUGAACGCCUCCACUGAGGAUCUUCAGGACCUGCUGCAGUCCUGGGAACAGUACCAGGACAGACUGGACUGCGAACAUCGAGCCCUGUCUGCACUGGAACUGCGCACUGCCAGGCUGCUGGCUGUCCCCGCCCACCUGGAGCAGGCCCCUCCCGCUCCACUGUGUCAGCAGCUGCAGGCGAUGCAGGCUCGAUACGACAGUGUGAAGCAGAGCAGCAUGGAGGGUUUGGAGGCGGCCAGGAUGGAGCUGGAGGAAAGAGAGAAGGUUCGGGAGGAGCUGCAGGGCAUCCAGGGUUGGUUGGAGGCUGCAGAUGGUCUUCUGUCUGAGAUGGAGCAGAGCAGCAGCACACAGGAGCUUCAGGAAGUUCACAGCCAGAUGUUUACCCAGAAGGCUUUGCUCCAGCGCAUCAUGGAGAGCCUGAAGAUAAAGUACUCAGACAUGUACACUCUGGUCCCGAUCGAGAUCGAAAGCCAGCUGCAGGAGGCCAGACAGUCACUGCAGCAAGUAGAAGUAAAGGUGGAAGAGGCGGUGGAGAGGAGUGGUCCCGUCCAAAGGCUAGGGGCAAAGCUGUCUGAGAUCCAGGCUGGCCUGAGGUCAGUUCAGAAAAGACUUGAACAGAGAAGCCCCAGUGUGACUCAAGCCAAGAUCACUCAGAAGCGUGUGUGGGAUGAGCUGGACGUGUGGCACUCGUGUCUCGCCGCCCUGGAGGUGGACAUGCAGGACUUGGAGAAGCCAGAGGAGGCGCUGAGCCUCACUGAGAGACUCGUAGAGGUCCAGCAGCUCCACUCGCAGCUGGCCAAACAGGCGGAGCAGAGGACCACCCUCAUCAGCAAGAUUCGUCCGUGGCUUCAGGAGCAUCGGGAGAUGAUCAACAGCUCGACCGGCUGGAUGGCCGAGGCUCAGUCGUGGCUCGCUGCCCCCUGCACCUACAGCACCGCUAAAUGUCUGAGCAGCCACGUUCACGCUCUGCAGAUGGUGUUGGAUGACUCUGUACAGAUCCGAAAGACGCUGCAGGGCUUCGGCUCAGUCCUGAAGGAAAUGUCAUCGGUUUGCGACAUCACAACUCUGCAGGAAGAACUGAUCGAAGCCGAUCGCCAAGUGGCCAAUGUUCAAGACAGCUUCACUGCUCCCCUGUCUCAACUGGAGCACGCUGCUGCAGAGGUGGAAGCCAUAGAGAGUGAAGUCAGGCGGAUGGAGAAUGAUGUGGCUGAGAUUAAGACCUUACUAUCAUCUCCAGAGGCUUUCCCCAGCCCCAGAGAAGAAAGCCUCAAGGUUGUCGAGCAGAGGAUCCAGUCCAUGAGGAGAACUAUAGCUGAGAUCCAGAAGUGUAAACCAGACCUUUGUCUUCCCGACAAGUCUGAAGAGACUCUGACUGUCUUCACGGUGGUGGACCAGCUCCAGACUCUGCUGCUGGAACUGGAGAAGAAGGUCCCUGCUCUGUUCAUCCAGCUGCCUCCGACUCCAAUCCAAGCCAAAGCUCCGUCAGUGCAGCCGACGACGUCUCAGCCUCGACUCCUGACAUCCACUUCAGUGGAGGCUGAGAAGGAGGACGUGGAGCAGGGCCAAAUCAGAAUUGCCCAUGUUGAAGCAGACGUACUGAGGAGAUCCGGAGCCAUGCUGCUGACAGUGGAGCGGUCCUCACCUGAACAGAGAAAGUCCUGGACACCUGACAGGACUCAGCAGCGGAAGCAUCAAGGCGUGCUCCAGGCUGAAGAAGCCAGAGAGAGAAAAGGGAAUGAGGAGCAGAGAGUGGAAGGAAGUGGAGGAGGUGUUUUAUGGUGGCUCUGGGAUGCUUUCCUGGGCGCUUCUCCAGAGGAACCGGUGGUUGUUGUCCCAGAAGAGACUGAAGCUGCUGCUGGACGAAGCACUGAGCAGACAGGAGAAGAUAGACAGGAUGUUCAGGGCCCCACUGACACCACAGAAGAAAGUUCAUCUGAAGCUUUAUCAAAACCGCUGGGCACAGUCAGAACUCAGUCCCUGCCUGACCACAUGGAGCUCAUGAAGGGACAGAGGGGGCUUGCAUGGAGGGGGGAUGAGCCAGAGGGGCUGAAGACACACACAGUAUAUACACAGAGCACACACACACCUGCAGACUGCACGAAGGACUCAUGUACAGCUAGCGAGGAGGGCAAAGCCUUUAUAGCUGUAAGACCAGGAAGCAGUGAGGUGGACAGCGGUAUGUGGUCUCAAAGCUCGGUUCUGUCGGCUCCUGGACAAGUUGUGGUAAAAACUGCAGCAGCGGUAACCGCCACACAUGCACACGCUCAACUGAGUGUGACGUCAGCAGAUCGAGCCGAGGCCUCGGAGCCUCCAGCCUCCCCCGCCUGCACGGUCAGCCUGCAGCGUCACGACGCCACCGAGGGCCUGCGUCCUGCGGCGGCCCCGGCCCCGGAGGAGCCCCAGUCAGCCGGGUCCCAACCUGGGCCCCGCCUCGGCGAAGGUGUCCUCCAUGUCUGCCUGCAGAGGGUCGGCCAGCUGGAGCUGUGGCUGCAGGAAGCCCGCGGGAGCCUGUUAGCCGCCGGAGCGGCCGGUUCAUCGACCAUGCAGGACAGCGUGGAGCAGCAGCUCCUCACCUGCCAGGAGAUGUUCCUGGAGAUCGAGCAGAAGGUCGGCAGCCUGUCGGCGCUCGGCCAGCAGCAGGAGGAGCUGGGAGCUGUGGGCUCCCAGCAGGAAGCGGAGGAGCUGCUCUCCUCCAAACUGGAGCUCCUGAAGGCCAGACUGGUCGCCGUCCAGCAGCAGCUGCAGGACCGGCAGGGCGAGGAGAGGAGCAUCGCUCGCGGAGAGCCGCAGGAGCAGGAGUCGGCGCCUCAGCCAGAGCGCCCCCUGGAGUCCAAACUGAAGCGCAGCAGCAGCGUUCAGGAGAUCUUCUCCUCACCGAGAAACCAGCUGCUCAGACAGAGCAGCCUGCAGCAGCAGAAGGAGUUGGAGCAGGAGCUGAAUGAACAGAGAGGACUGACUCAGGCCAUCGCCAGGCAGGGCAGCAGAGCCCGACUCCACAGCCAGGACCCGGAGGACCGGAGCCAGCUGUCGCCACGGUCUCCUCCUGCUGAGGCUGAUGUGGAGGAGGACGCUGCUCAGAAGAAGUGGGAUCGCCUUCACACUCGGCUGCUGGGUUUGGAGGAGAGCUGGCUGCUUCCUCCCUCUGAGGUGCCAGACUCAUCUAUGAGGCGUAGUGAUGGAACAGCGGGACGUAUGAUUGGCACACAAACCCUGAAAGAGCUCCAAACCCACAUCAGAGUCCUGAGAGAGCUGGGACACACGGCGGCAGAGCGCCUGAAUCAGGACUCGCCGGUGGACGUCUCCCAUCCGACGCUGGACGAGGGUUUGUUUCACGUGCUGUAUGGCGCGGCCCUGUCUCUGUCCUCCAUCAGCAGCCUGCUGCACUCGGCUGCUGGGACGACGCGUGAAGAAGACGCACAGCUGAGGCUGCUGCAGAGUCUGUCAGCAGAGCUGGCUACGCUCAGCAGCGAGCUGGCCUCUCAGGGGUCAAAGGUCGGCCGUGUCCUGGGGUCAGCGUGCGGUCAGCAGUGUGUAGAGGAUGUGCGGCGAGUCCUUCCUGUGGCCCAGGCUGCACUGGCGGGCAGAGAGAAGCAGCUCAGAAACCUGCAGGAGGCCAAUAUGAAGCAACAGUUGCAUCUAAAUGAGUUGCAUGCAGCCUUCACGUCUAACCAGGUGACCGUUCACCAAAUAAUUAAUGAAUUCGGUGGAACGCUGGGCCUUAACGAGCGACUUCAGGCGGCGGUUCAGACGCAGGAGUCUCUGCAGCAGCAGGUGGAGCAGGUGAGCUCCCUGCUGGAGGAGGCUGACCGACACAACCUGUCUGCCUCUCUCCUCCACCAGGCCACACAGCUGCAGGGUGAGCUGGACAGAGCUCUGGGUGGUGUUGGCUCCCGCUGCGAGGAGCUGAAGAGCAGCGUGGAGCUGCAGCAGCAGUACGAGCGGCUGGUCCACAGCCUGGAGGAGCUGCUCGCUCUGGGCUCCGAACGCCUCGAACAGCGGCCCGACGCAGAGCUCCACAGCCGGGCUGAGCUCCAGCAGCAGCACAGCGGUCAUACGAAGUUCUUCCAGUUCCUGGGCCAUCAUUCUAGGAUCCUGCAGUACCUGACCCAGAGGGUCCCAGAGAGCGCCCUCCAGAGGUGGGAGGGUGUAGUGAUGGUCCUGCAGAGCGAGGUGGCCCGACUGCAGCAGCACGGACUGGAGGAAGGGACCAGGAUGCAGGAAACACUACAGAUGUGGUCACAGUGGGACGAGGACAGCCGCUGGUCAGACUCCCUGCUGAGAGACAUCGAGACUUCAUUUCCCAAGAUGCACGAGAGGGAUGAUUCUGAGGAGCAGAUAUCAGAGGAGCUCUCUGUCUACCAGGAGCUGCGUCGCCUCCUGCAGGCGAACGAAGCUCGGCUCAGUCGGACGCUGGAGGCGGGGCUCUGGCUGCAGAGGGCGGGAUUUAGAGGAGCAGGUGUGUCCACCAGCAAGCUGAAGGCCCGCUGGAGAGCCCUGCACAAGAAGGUGGAGCACAAACACAUUCAUGUAGACAAGAACUGGAAGCUGAGGAGCAGGUUUUUUCGAGACUCUGCUGUCCUGGCCGACUGGAUGGGCGGGGCCCGAGAGAUGAUUGACAAGUGUAGUCAGCUCACUCUCUCAGCCAAUGAGGAGACGGAUGCUAAACAGAAGCGGGACCACUACCUCCAGAUUGUGGCUUUGACCAAAGACCUGGAGGCCAAAUCUGGACUGAAGGUGGCCGUCAUCGCCGCCGGAUCUCAGCUGGAGCAGCUGAGGGAAGCAGAUGGAGACGCAGACAUAAAUCCAGAGGACAGAGAGGCGUCACUGUUUCAGGCUUCAGAUCCAGAUCUCUGUUCCAUCCAGUCCCGGCUCAGACAGAUAGAACUGGACUGGUCCGGUCUGCUGGACCAGGUUCCUGCUGUCCAGCAAGCUCUGCACAAGCGAUGGAUGGAGGCUUUGACCCAGCAGGCGGCGCUGCUGGAGCUGCAGGUCUGGCUGGGAGCUGCCGAGUCCCGGCUGGAGGAGCAUCGCAGCAAAAUCAAGCAAAGCUGCUCCACCAACACGGAUCUGCGUCAGCUCCUGAGAUACUGCAAGGAGUGUCAGACAGAGAUGUUGGCCCAUCAGGCCACGCUGGACUACGCUAACCAGCCGGUGCACCCGUGCAGUACCGAGGAGGGCCACAGGGGGCGCUGGGAACACAACCAGUUUGCAGAGGAGCAGGGUCGUCUCAACCACCAGUGGCUCAGUCUGCAGGAAAGCCUCGCCUCUCAGAUCCAGGAGGUGGAGCAGGAGCUGAGGAGCAGGGUGGAGCGGGAGGCCCGACUGCAGCAGAUCAGCAGCUGGAUCGCAGAUCAGAGGCUCUGGAUUGACUCGGCUUGGGCGCCCAGCGGCCAGGCGGAGCUGCGAAGGAGCGUCGACACCUGCCAGGAUCUCGAGGAGAAGAUCAGGCAGAAGUCUGCAGCUCUUCAGGAGCUCAGGGACAAACUUGACGGUGGAGGAGAAAACAGCAGCUGUGAUUUCAUCUCUCAGACAGAUAAAUCCAUCCAGGCCUGUGCAGCUCUCAGGCAACAGAAUGAGUCCGUGACGCUGAGGCUGAUUGAGACGCAGCAGCUGUGGGACCGCGUGGAGAAGCGGCUGAGAGAGCUGAUGCUGAAAACAGCGAGAACAUCUCAGACUCUUGAUUAUCACAGCGGCCCUCGGAUCUGCCUGCAGGCACACAGAGACCUUCAGGGAGCGCUGCAGCGUCUUCACGAGGAGACGGAAGCUUCAGAGGCGGAGUGGGACGAACUGAGUCGAGCCGUCUCCUCCCUCAGAGACGUCAUCAGUCCUGCUGCCGGCGUCCUCCUCACCGAGCAGCUGGACAGACAGAGAGACAGUUGGACUGUGGUGUCCACAGCGUUGGACCAGCAGCUCCAGAGGAGUCGGGGCGUCCUGCAGGUCUGGGAGGUCUAUGCCCGGCUGGCUGCGUCUUUGUCCCAGCAGCUGCAGACACUGCAGAGCGACUUCGAGUCGGCGCUGAGCCGAGCGCCUGCAGACGAUGACGCCGUGAAGCAGGUCGCUGUCGACAUCCACGGCGUUCAGAGUCUCCUGCAGAGGACAGACACUUUGCAGUCUGACCUGGAGGGGGUGUUGGAGGCCUCCAAGGACUUGAUUGGCCACCUGGAACCUUCAGCUGCCAGCCUGGUCCAAUCAGAGAGCCGGUUGUUGUCACGUGGCGUCCAGCAGCUGAGCCGGGCGCUAACGGGGAAGCUGGGUCAGCUCCAGGAGGAGCUCGAGCGGCUGCAGGAGUUUGGACACGACCUGGAGUCACUGGAGAGAAACCUGGAGCUUUGGGAGGAGCGUCUGAAGAACGAGGCUCGGACAGCAGGCCAGUCUGGCCUCCUGGAGCUGAGCGGCCUGUCUGCUGACCUGGAUGUGCUGAAUGAGCAGAGCCGCAGCCUGACGCCGGGUGACGCUGCAGCACGCCGCCUGCAACGCCUCAACCGCUGCUGGGCCGACGCCUCCGCCAGAGCCGAGGAGGCCUGCAGUGAGCUGCAGACGGAGGCGCUGAGGCGGCAGAGCUUCGAGCAGAAGUGUGAGAGCUGGAUGUCUUUCCUGCAGAGGAUGGAGGACGGUCUGGCCGUUGACGUGGCGGGCUCUUACAUCGGCCUCCGACAGCAGCUCUGCACACACAAGCGCUUUCAGGCGGAGCUGUCCAUCGGCCAUCAGAUCCUUCACUCGGUCAUCACCGAAGCUCUCCAUCUGCUGCAGAGAGGAGAGGUGGAGGACAGGAGUGACUUCAUCCUGAAGCUCGCCCAGCUCAGGGAGCACUGGCAGGGGGCGGUGCAGAGGGCCGACCAGCGGCGCUCCCUGGUGGAGGGGCUGGUGAAGCACUGGCACCUGUACAAACGCAGCCAGAGGAAGCUGCAGAGGUUCCUGUCGGACACGCAGACCCUCCUUCCCCCCGCCGGGCCGGCCCGAUGCAGCCUGCAGCAGCUGCGACGCUCCCUGCAGGACCUCCAGCACACGGAGCUGUUGUUCCAGAGGUAUCAGUGCAGUUUCAUCCACACGCUGGACGUCGGCAGGCAGCUCUUCUCAAUGGGGGACGAGGAGACCCAGACUCAGCUGCAGACGGAUCUGGGAACCCUGCAGGAGGAGUGGGACAACCUGCACAGCCUGCUGGGCCGGAGGAUGGACCUCACCGAGGCCAUCGUCAAGAACUGGGAGCGCUGCGAGGCCGGACUAGCGGACAGCAUGCUGCAGCUGAAGGACAUGAAGACCAGGCUGAACCAGUCGAUGCCAGAGAGCGACGAUGAGGUGCAGAGUGCUGAGAAACUCAACAAGGAGAACGAGGACUCCCUGGAGGACUGGGCCGAGAGCCUGACGGAGCUGAGCGCCAUGAAGACGGAUCUGUCCCAGUACAUCAUCGCCGACGACGUCCUGCUGCUGCAGGAGCAGGUGGAGCACCUGCACGGGCAGUGGGAGGAACUCUGCCUCAAGGUGUCUCUGCGUAAACAGGAGAUCGCCGAUCGUCUGAACGCCUGGAUCAUCUUCAAUGAGAAGAACAAGGAGCUGUGCGAGUGGCUGACGCAGAUGGAGAACAAGGUGGCGCACAACUCCGACCUCAACAUCGAGGAGAUGGUGGAGAAGCUCAAGAAGGACUGCAUGGAAGAGAUCAACCUGUUCAGUGAGAAUAAAACCCAUCUGAAGCAGCUCGGAGAACAACUCAUCACAGCCAGCAACCGGACGAAAGAGACGGAGAUCAACGACAAGCUGAAGGACGUCAACGACCGCUGGCAGCAUCUGUUUGACCACAUCGAGGCCAGGGUGAGGAAGCUGAAGGAGACGCUGGUGACGGUGCAGCAGCUCGAUAAGAACAUGAGCAACCUGCGGACAUGGCUGUCUCGUAUCGAGGCGGAGCUCGCCAAGCCGGUGGUGUACGGCGUCUGCCACAGCGACGAGAUCCUGAGGAAGCUGGCCGAGCAGCAGGAUCUGCAGCGGGACAUCGAGCAGCACACGGAGAGCGUGGCGUCGGUGCUGACUCUUUGCGACGUCCUGCUCCACGACGCCGACGCCUGCGGCAGCGACUCUGAGAACGACUCGAUCCAGCAGACCACCCGCAGCCUGGACCGGCGCUGGAGGAACAUCUGCGCCAUGUCCAUGGAGAGGAGGAUGAGGAUUGAGGAGACCUGGCGUCUCUGGUGUAAGUUCCGGGACGACUACUCUCGGUUUGAAGACUGGCUGAAGACAGCCGAGGUCACUGCAGCGAGCCCGGACUCUGCCAACGUCCUCUACACCAGCGCCAAGGAGGAGCUCAAGAAGUUCGAGGCGUUCCAGCGGCAGGUUCACGAGCGCCUGACUCAGCUGGAGCUGGUCAACAAACAGUAUCGCCGUCUGGCCCGGGAGAACCGAACCGACGCCGCCAGCAAGCUCAAAGUCAUGGUCCACGAGGGGAACCAGAGGUGGGACAGCCUGCAGAGGAGGGUGGCUGCCGUCCUGCGCAGACUCAAGCACUUCACCUCUCAGAGGGAAGACUUUGAGGGAACCCGGGAGGGGAUCCUGGUCUGGCUGACAGAGAUGGACCUCCAGCUCACCAACGUGGAGCACUUCUCCGAGAGCGACGUCGAAGACAAGAUGAGACAGCUGAACGGCUUCCAGCAGGAAAUCACCCUGAACACCAACAAGAUCGACGCCCUGAUCGUGUUUGGAGAGAACCUGAUCCAGAAGAGCGCCCCUCUGGACGCCGUGCUGAUCGAGGACGAGCUGGAGGAGCUGCACUCCUACUGCCAGGAGGUGUUCGGCAGAGUGGCUCGCUUCCACCACCGCCUGGUCAACAGACGCCCGGUCCUGGAGGAGGAGAGGGACCUGUCAGACCGGGACACGGACCUGAACGACUCACCCGAUCUGACCGACGGGACUUCCUGGAGCGAGGUGAGGAAGAAGGAGGAGGAGGAGGUUCCAGUAGCAGGCGGGGUCUCGGCCGGACGGCAGGCCGUGUGUCACCUCCUGGCGCCCCCUCUGGAGCGGUCGGGACGAGAGACCCCCGUCAGCGUGGACUCCAUCCCGCUGGAGUGGGACCACACGGUCGACGUGGGGGGAUCGUCAUCGCACGAGGACGACGAGGACGCCACCUUCUUCAGCGCUCUGUCAGAUGUGAAGGUCACAGAGAGCUCAGAGUCCUUCGUUAAAGCGACCGUCACGGCGGUGAAAGCGGCCUCUGGUAGGCGCUCUGCCUCCUGCAUGCGACUCUGGCACCAGCCUGGCUCCCCCGCCAGGAAACGAGCCCCCCGAGGCCUGAGCUCGUCUCCCACACACGCCACCAGCACUCCCUACCACCAGCAGGGCUACGCUAAGCUCAUGUCAGAGUGCAGCGGCAGCAUCAACAGUGUGAAGAGGGUCAAGCUGAUCCUGAACGAUGAGGAGGAGCUGGAGGAUCCGGGUCUGACCAGCAGCAUGGCCGACAACAUCCCGCUGAUGUGUUGACAGUAACUCGGUUCCUCUGCAGGUGUGAUCGAGCGCUGGGAGCUGCUGCAAGCGCAGAAGUUCAACAACGACACAGACGUCAAGCAGGACCUGCAGCAGUGGCAGAAGCUGAACUCCGACCUCUGUGAGGUCACUUCCUGGUUGGGCAGGGUGCUGCCGGAGCUGGAGAGGCUGCAGCGGAUCGCGCCGUCCACCGGCAUCCGAGACAUCGAGGUCAACAUCAGGAAACUGAAGGAGAUGCAGAAGACUUUCAACAGCUACAAGUGUCUGAUGAUCUCUGUCAACCUGAGCAGCCGUCACUUCCUGCGGGGCGACAGCGCCGAGCUGCGGGAGCUGCGGGAAGCCCUCGGCUCGGCCAAUCGCAGCUGGACGCAGGCCUGCGGCGGCCUGGAGAGCUGGGAGAGGCGGCUGCACUCCGCGCUCAUGCAGUGUCAGGAGUUUCACGAGACGCUGCACUCUCUGCUGCUGUGGCUCGCGCAGGCCGAGAACAAACUCGCCACAGUGAACGCCGGCGACCCGUUGACGCCACGCUCCAUCCUGCUGGAGCACAGAGACACGCUGACGACUCUGCAGGAGGAGCUGUGCGGCCGCCAGCGGCAGGCCUCCUCGCUGCAGGAGAUCUCCUCUCAGCUCCUCCUGGAGGCCACGGGAGAAGACAGCAUCGAGGCCAAGGAGAAGGUCCACGUCAUCUGCAACAAGCUGCGUCUCCUGCUGCGACAGGCGGCCGCCGACCUGCACGCCCUGCAGGGAAGACUGGUGGGUCCACUUUUACCUGAGUCUGGUCUGACAGAGCAUGAAGGCUCUGCCGGUCUACAGGCAGCGACAGCCGGACAACCAGCCGCCAGGAGGAGGGACUCUUCCCCACAGAGACCCCUCUUCUACCGGGUUCUACGAGCCGCCUUCCCCCUUCACCUGCUCUUCUUCAUGCUGCUGGUUCUGGCCUGCCUGGUGCCCCUGUCUGAAGAGGACUACAGCUGCACACUGUCCAACAACUUCGCCCGCUCCUUCUACCCGAUGCUGCGUUACACCAACGGCCCCCCGCCCACAUGAAAACUGCCACGACGCCGGGCGGUGAAGUUCGUCUCAGAGAGAUCCUCAACGGACCCGUCAUCAGUGUUAAAAUACCAACUCAAAGACCCGUUCUUCACCAGGCAGCAGCACCGCCCGCCAUGUCUGAAGGCCUCACGUGUGUUUUGACUAAAUUUUAUUGGUGUAUUUAAAAAUGUAUUUAUUGUUUGUGGAGCUCCACAGUUCUAGAAAAAAGAAGCCAUACGACCGGUUUGUUUGAAGGUUUUGUCAUUUUUUUAUACGUAGAUUUUCCAUCGAACGUCCCCACAGAACAUCUCCAACACACAUCAAGAUUUAUUUUGGUAUCUACAGUAUAUUUUCAUUUUUGUACUUUCGCUCUCAGCCCUGCGCUCGAAUCCGAAGGAAACGGAACGUUAUAACCAAAGCAUCCAGAAAUCGAGACGUAGACGCGCCGUUUUCUACCACUGCAGCUAUUUUUACUGUUUUUCAUAGAAGGCAGCCAAUUGUUGAUGGCACAUUUUGUACAGAGAAGAGGCGAAAUGUUUUUGCUGACUUGCCUUUCUGUAGCCAAGAGAAUUUCCACAACUUUAUCAGAUAAUGUACUUUAAAUGGUGUUAAUGAUGAAUUUUGUAUAUAAAGGCAAACUACUGAGAAAGAAAUAGGUAAAUUAUUGUUUCUGUGCGCGAGUGUGACGCUGAGACCUAUCAGAGUAAUUUAACACGGGGCAAUAGUUUGAAAUGCUUUUACGUUGUAUAUCUGUGGCUUUCAAAGUCAUUCUGGCUUGUUACACUGAAUUUUGAGCCGAUGUGAUGAAGAUAUUUUCCUACGAUAACGGAAACUCGACUGACAUUGUUUUGGCGGUCGUGUUUGGAUAUUUCAGCAGAUCGCUGAACCGAAACGUUUCGUAAAAAGGCACAGAUCCUCAAAUUAAAGCUGCACGAGGAGAUUCUUGACCACUAGGGGGCAGAAAGAGUCUAAAUGAAACGACAAACACAUUGUUGAGACUGUAGAUUUUGCUCGGUGGAAGCGCUACGGCUUGAGAGUCAACCCUCCGGCCUACAUGCAGCUGUAAAACCAAAGCAGUUUACAGAGUUGAGAGUUGAUUCUCAGUGUGUUUGGAACUAUGAGCAACCAUUACACGUUCGAUUUGAGGCAUUUGAUUCAAUGCAAUCUCAAAAAUAUGGCUUAAUUAAGUUUUAAAGGGAGUUUUUUUUUUUAAGAUUUGGUUAAUGAUGCUGCAAUAUUAGGCAGGAAGUCAAAAGAUUAACAUCAGCAAACAUAUCACACUGCCAUUUAACACGAGGAUGCAGCUGUGUGUUCUUCAUAUCUAAAAAUCUAAACUGUACUUUGUCUUUCAUAACUCACCCAACAUUGUCCAAGUUGGCCCCACGGAGCGAAGCAUCAAGCAGGUUACAACAGGUGGAUUAUAAAGAAAUACAGCUUGUUGUUUAUACUGUAAUGAAACGCGGUGGAUUCACCUGAACGCUGCUCUGAAACACUCUUCAGUUGUUGCUGGUGUCAAAAUCGAACAAGCCAGACUUGGAGCAGAACACGAAUGUAAGCAAUCCUUUGGGCGUUGAAUGUAGCUGUGCACAUGCACAAUCAAAGAUCGUUAAAUGUAAUUUACACGUUAAAUGAUUUGAAACUCAGUGUUUGUACAUAAUAUCCACCUCGCAGUCAGAGGGGCAGCAGAACAGAAACGAACAACAAAGUGUGUAAAGUUUUAUUUUGUGAACUGUUAUUUAUGGGUUGUAUAGAUUGACAAUAAACCGUGUUUGCCAUGA